AUGGGGAGGGGGCUGCUGAGGACCAGGGGCAUCCCGGCCAGCUCUGUGUGCCCGCCUGAUGGUCUGUACCAGCAACUGGAGUGGGCCUGUGUCUCUGGCGGCUUCUACAUCCAGAUGCCAGCAACUGGGGAGACUGGGAUCUAUGGGCAGCUACUGAGCAGACUGAGUUGGGCCUCCAUCCUCUUCAUCCAGAGAGGAGAGAAGGAUGAGGCCAUUGGUGCUGUCUGUAUAAUCUUUAAUACCUGUUAUCCCAGUGUGUAUGAAACAAUCCUUUUCAAGAUGUAUGGAAUAUCACACGUUGCAUUGACACCAGGAGCAAGUUCAACAAUGUUCAGUGGAGAACAUAGACGCAGCCUCUCACAACAUAUUUUUCCAAGUUAUGCUUGUGCCUUUUUGGAUGAUGACCCUGCCUAUGAGUGUUGUUCCACAAAUCCUCUGCCAGGCUCCCUUUCCAUGUGUCGCCGCAGCCCUCGACUGCUUUCUAAUGGUUAUUACAUUGUGACAGAAGACAGUUUUCUCUCAGAUGAAGAUGGCAACAUAACGCUGACACCAUCCCAGACAAAUGUUACAUAUAAAGAGAAUUUGGUUCGCGUAUUCAGACGGAGGAAGAAAAUCCGUCGCUCUCUUGGCAGCUUGUUCAGCCUCGGUGCCUCCAGUUCGUGGCUCAGCAGCACCAUCCUCAGCGAUGUGGAUUCUUCCCGUGUCGAUGAUCCUUGGCCUGAUGGAUGCAGUAAACUAGAAGCCAUUCAGAGUGAUAUUGGUGAUUCAGAUUUUUCUUCUGCAUAUAAUAGCCGUGUGCCACAAAGGCAGACUCCAGCAUCUAAUGGAGCCUUUCUCACCAAAGACGAGGAAUUUCUUCAGCCCGAAAAACUAUUUUGUGCUUCACAGUCCUGCUCUCCGUUUAUGAUAAAUGGAAAUGAAGAGACUUUGAGCAAUGCAAAGUCCGGGACAGUGCAAAAUGUGCUUUCUCAUAUGGUUGCACUGAUCAUGUGUUUAAUCAUUACGAUAUGUACAAGAUAUUUUCUGGGAGGAUUGUCUGCCACUUUGUUGCUGAUAAUUUUAGUUUUUCUUGUGUCCCAAGAUGCUACUGUGUCACCUUUCUUCAGUCUUGACACAUCUUUCAAAACAGCUAAGUUUUGCUCUUCAGCAUCAAACUACUGGAUACCGCCUUAUGGCCAUCGUUACACAUGUUCCUGUGGAAAAAGAUAA